UCAACAGAUCUCAGUAGCAGGCGUAUAGGAUACAGAUCAAUACGCCUGCCUGAACGGUUGUUCGUUUUUUCUUCUGGAAUCAAUAGCACGAAAUGGAGAUUUGUUAAUACUAGUUUUAGGAUGGAAGAAGAUCACGAAUCAUUGGUUAAGUCCGAUUUUACGGGAGUGUGUGAAGAGAACUCUUGUAUUAGCCAUUAUGAUUCGGACGAUGCGUCUUUCGUUGACUGUAUCCACUUCGAUCCUCCUGAAGACUCGUUAACGCCGACUGAGAGUGUUGAAGUGGACAUUUUUUACACGGCUCCGCCAUUAAAGGAUCUUUAUCGAUAUCACAUCUUUUUCUCCCAUUCUCUAGGGGACUCAAAGUGGAUUUCCGGUCUCGUUCAUCGCCUAGAGUCUGAACCGUACAGUUACAAAUGCCAUUACAAUGACAGUGUAACCCAGACCAAGCAAAACGUCCACCAGACCCUGAUGAGUGCAGUGAUUUUAAGUGAGAGGGUCGUAAUUGUACUUUCACCCAGCUAUGUCAAAUCAAACUGGAACGAGUUUCAAGAAUUACUUCAGAACCUGACCACGUGUAGCCUUUAUCAACAGCGCAUGCUCGUGGUGCUCUUGAAAGACUGCAAUAUACCAGACCACCUCCAGCCUUUGGGGUUUCUCGAUGCAAGAGAAUGCGAUUUCUUCGAUUGUCUGGUCCGCCAUCUGAGGAGCGAGAGAUUACCAAGAAGCAGCGAAUCCUUCUCCAGCGAGAUGUCCAGUUUACUGUAUCGACCGGCAUCUGUGGGCAACGGGCAGGUAUUGAGUACGGCCCACAUCUCGUUCUGUGGGGCCUGGAACGCCCAUCUACGGUACACCGAGGACGACGACGUGCCUACCUCACUCUGUUGCCAUGGCAUCGGGAUGAAUUAUGCUCGCUACAUGGAGAUCUUGAAGAGUAUGACGUCAGUGGGCGGAAGUGACGACUAUCGUCUGCUCUUCUCCCUCCGUCCCGUGUUCCUCCUAGCGGCCUCUCUGUUCGUCUGGCUGCUCGUCUUCGUGUUUGUACUUCUCUAUAUGAUGGAGGACUCCAAUAAGAGCAUAUUGUGCUUUCGUCUGGCUGUGUUCGCCAUGCCGAUGCUGUUUGUCUUCGUGGGCUACUUUCUAAGAUGGCGGCGACAGAGAGUUCGGCAAAGGAUUGCCAGGAAAAUGGUGUUGAAAUGCGUCCCAAUAAACGAGGAACUCUUCCAGCUGGAGAUGCCUCUUCUGCUCACCGCCACAUUGACGCAGACCGGAGUCUUCAUUAUUCAUUUCGUAUAUUAUUCAUUAUCUGACUGCAUGGGGAUCUCGGAACUAUUGCUUCAAGCUUGUACAGAUGACGAAGAAAAGAAAAUUUCCAAGUUCAUUAGCAUAUACACGUCACGUGAAAACUUUCUAUCGCAUGGAACUUUAACGGAGCGUCUCUGUGUGAUGCUAUCGUCAAUCUAUCUACACCGGUUUAUCAUGCACGAACUUCCCAUAUCGCCACAGCAACGACAUACCGACUUCCGGUUGUGUCUCUGUCAAUACAUCGAACACGUUCUAGACGAUUACUUCAAAUGCACCAAGUCUGGAAUGGAGAUAGCGUAUAUUGUUAAAACAUUUCAGGAAAAGUUCAGCUUCCGCGUCCCGGUUGUGAAUUCCAAACAAGACACGUGUGUUGAUACCGAAAAUACUCAAGGAGUCGUCAACUCAAUAUCAGUUUAGAUGGAUAUUAUACUAAAAUAUGUCAUUCCCAUUAUGCAUCGUUUAUUCUUGUCAAUUAACGGUUAUAUUUUUUAGUCUUGUGUAAGGUCCUCCAUACACCUGGGAAAAGUUCUCCAUACAAACCCAUUCUUCUUAAUUACCCCAAGAUAGGAUAUUUAGCAUGUAUUCGACUUGAAAAUGACCCCAAAAAAAUUCAAUUAAGGGGGGGGGGGGGGGGGGGGUCAACGUAUCAAAUUUUACCGAUGUUCAUGAAAAUAAAAAGGCGCUGAAGUAUUCGAACUGAGGACGUGUGGGUUGGUAGACCGAAGCAACACCUAUUGCCCCACAGAAAAGGACAACAAACUUUGGCGAUACAAAUUGUUUCACAAUGCGCUAAAAUCGCCAUGUUGUGACCUAUUGUCAUACAAAGUAGAAGUCACGGGGUAUCGAGGAUCCUGAAUAAAAUGAAACACAUCCAAAAUCAAGCUCAACGUAAUGUUAUGAUCAUACGAUUUGUGGAAUCGUUCUGGAUAUAUAUUGCGAUAUUUCGACAUAUGUGCUUCGUAUCAAUUUCUUCCACAUUAAGAAGUUUUUCACAAUAAAAUUGCUGACCUCACUUUUUUUUCCAUUUACAAAAUCUUGCGCGAUCCACUCAAUCAUUGCUACAUGUACAGGCUUAAAGAAAACACGGGGUUGUAAGUAUCAAGUCAAGCAUCAACCCAAUCUUUAUUCAUUUUUUAUCUAUUAAAGUU